GUGUGAUGUGUAUAUGAGCGGUGGGGGCUUUGGAAGGGUGGAGGGGGGGAUCGGGAUUCCUAAGGAUUACCCGUCAUGCCCCGCGGGUAAAGAUGGCGACAGCAGAGCAGGGCAGCAGAUCAACUUUCUCUGAGCGGCUCUGAGUGGAUUUCUAUCCGUCAGAGGGAGCGUCUCCGCCGGCUGCUUCUCCUCCCGCCGCACGCUGCCGCUGCUGCUUCGGAUCCUUUCACAGCCGGACCUCUGCGCUCCUCCCCGGCCUCACAUCGGUUUGGAGCCCCCCUCCCUCCCUCCUCGCCCCGCCUGAGGAGCAGAUCGGAGCUCCGGCUAAAGUUUCCUCUCCUCCUCGUUGUCUGGGAUUUGUUUUUGGAGAGAACCGGAGCCGCGCGGCGCCAAACGGCCGCACAGGUGAUCGGCAGCCGGGGGCUCACAUGCCCAGAGGAGAGAGAAGACAAGAGGAGGAACUGGACAUUGUGUGUGAGGACAGACGCUGCAGAGAAGAUGAGGAGUUUUCUGUGCUGACGUAUGAGCGUUGUUUCCGUGGAUGAAGUCAGUGCUGGAGCAGCUCACACAUCAGGAUUGACACGCCGACAGGAAGGAAGUGAGGAAGACAGGAAGUAGGGCCCAGGAUGACGAGUGCGGCCCCUGCAAGGAAGCCAUACCGCAAGGCUCCACCGCAGCACCGUGAGACACGCCAAGCCCUGCCCGUCGGCCCGCCACCACCCGCGCCACAGCACGACAUCAAUCAGGAACCUUUAUCAGAGUCUGACAGGAUCAGAAUCCUCCAGCAGCAGAAUGAAGACCUGCAGCGCCGCCUCUCUCUCACCAACCAUAAGAUGGAGGCGAUGGAGGCGGAGUUUGACGGGAGCCGUCACUACAUGGAGGCGGAGCUCAACAGGACCAGAGACGACCUGGAUAAGAUGAGGGACAAGUUCCGCAGACUCCAGAACAGCUACACAGCAUCUCAGAGGGCCAAUCAGGAUCUGGAGGAGAAGCUUCACGCUCUGCUACGGAAGGUGGAAAGGGACAAAAAAACGAUGGACCAGGAGAUUGUGGAGCUCACCAACAAACUGCUGGACGCAAAGAACACGAUUGACCGCCUGGAGGAGCUAAAUGAGCGUUACAGGCAGGACUGUAACUUGGCCGUUCAGCUGCUCAAAUGCAACAAGUCACAUUUCAGGAACCACAAGUUUGCUGAUCUGCCCUACGAACUGCAGGACAUGCUGAAUAAACACAUGAAGAGCAGCCUGCCCGAGCGGGGCCUGGCCCCCGGCUCUCAGGACCCGGACACGCUCAGUUUGACUCCCGCGGAUGUUGUGCCGACUUCGGUCAUUGCCCGAGUCUUGGAGAAACCCGAGCCACUGGUCCUGAACUCUGCCCAGUCGAGCAGUUGUGGCCGGCCUGUUGCUGAGGAUGUCUUUGUGCACGUGGACAUGACUGGCCCCACGGGGGCCGAGGCCCACAGUCGAGAGAAUGGUGGAAGCAGUCAAGGGACGCAGCAGAACGGUUCAUGUCGCAGUCAGAGCAGUCUGGAUGGGCAGGUGGGCGUUGAGGAGGUAGGCGGGGCUCCAUCAUUUGAGAAGCUUAACCCAUACCCGGCCCCGCCACCUCCACAUCCUCUCUACCCCGGCCGCAAGGUCAUCGAGUUCACUUCAGACGACAAAGUCAAGAUCCCCAAAAACUCCCCCCUGCCCAACUGCACCUACGCCACGCGGCAGGCCAUCUCCCUGAGCCUCGUCCAGAACGACGAUGAGCGGCUGGCCUCCGGUAGCCCCGCGCCCUCCUCCUCCUCUGGAGGGGGGGCCCACCAGCGCACGCCCCCGUCACAGCGAGACACGACCACCAGUGAUCCACUGUCCAGUCAGUCCAGCCCAUUCAGCAGCCCACCACAGGCUCCCAGCGUCCUGGCGAGCUCUGCCAGCUCAGAGGAGGACCUGCUGGCCAACUGGCAGCGGAUGUUCGUGGAGAAGACGGCGCCGUCGUGCGAUAGCUCGUUGGUCCACAGAACAUCAUUCAGCAGUCAGACAGCUCAGGACCUGCAGAGGAGGAGGCAGACACCAGGGGGCGGGGCUUCGUCUUCCUCAGAUCGCCACAGAGCGGCGUACUCUGAUGGAGAGGAAGGCUCAUCAGCGCGCAGCUGGACUCCGAGCCGCGGCUCCAGCCUCGACACCGACACCGACACUGAGCAACGGUCUGGCAGGAGGGGACGCUACAGCGUCGGGGACGGCUCCAUGGAGGAGGGCAAGGGGCUGCUGAUGAACCUGGAGGAUGAUGGAGGCAGUGGAGACACGGCCGUCACCGUGGCAACAAGUCCCGCAGACGCCCGCAGGAAGGAUUUCGAGGAGGAGGAGGCGGAGAGCUCAGCCGAGGAGAGAGACGUCCUCCCACACGACCUGCCCGUCAUCUCACCCCGCCUCCUGGACUUCGACCCGGCCCACGCUGCAGCCGCCCCCCCACAGCGGCCGCAGAAGAGCCCGAAGAGAAUGGGCGUGCAUCACCUGCACCGCAAAGACAGUCUGACCCGGGCCCAGGAGCAAGGCACUCUGCUGGAUUGAUGCUCGCACUCUGGAGCCUGAGAAAGUCUCGCUCACUCCACACUGUGCUCCAUCAGCUGCUGUCUGUUUCUGUGGCAACCGACCUGUCCGUCACAGGGGUCAGAGGUCAAGCCCAUCAGGAUAUAGCCAUACUCUACCGUAUGCUGCCGAGCUCACCGUGUGUUUGUGUGUGUGUGUGUGAGAGCGAGUGUGUCAGACCGAUCCGUUUUGGUAUUGAUCAGCUGUGGAUCAAUACUUGGGCUUCUGUAUCAGUGAAUCAGCUGAUCAGACUGAAUUAUGGGAAAUAAAGAGAUUUAUUUUUGUGUUAAGAAAUACAUUUAACAGUAUUUUCAAAGAUUAACGAGUUUUAGAAAAAACUCAUUGUUCUGCAAAAUUUGCAAAAAAACUUUAAAAAGUAAAAAGACCAAAAGUAUGAGGACACGCAUCCUCCUUCUCCUCCUUCUCCUCCUCCUCCUCCUCCUUCUCCUCCUUCUCCUCCUCCUCCUCCUCCUCCUCCUCCUCCUCCUCCUCCUCCUCCUCAGUGAGGUGAGGUGAGGGCAUGUAGUGUUCUCUCACAGAGUUACAGGUGUGUAAUGUCAGGAGAAAGUAAGUGAACAGUGUUAAAUCAGUGGCUUCUAAGGUUUUUAUUAAACUCAUUAAAGGAGUUUGUUAAUGUUGAAAAAAAAACGCUCGUAGGAUUUUUUAUCCGUCUGAAACGACGAGGACAGCUGAUCAAACUUUAACAUUAAAGUCUAAAUUAUCAGUGUUACCAUAAACAUUUGAAACCCAGUAUCGGUCUAUUGCGUGUGUGUGUGCGCGCAUGUGUGUGUGUGUGUUGGGUUUUUCUGUCGGAGGAGAAAAUAACUGAAUGAAAACUUUAAAAGAAAACACACUUUACAGAUGUCUUUGCCUUGUUUCCUGACCAGGAGCUUUUAUUUGAAAGAUGAGACACACCUGGAUGAACACACACACACACACACACCCACUAAGACUCUCAGUGCCUAUCUCUCUCUCUUCCUCUCUCGCUCUCUUUCUCUCUCUUUCUGGAAGGUACGCCGCAGGGCCAGCUGAGGGUCCGACUUGUAUUUUUGUUGUCUACACUAAUCGUUGAUUUCAUGUCACGCUGUUAUUAUUUAGUCACCUGAUCGGUCUGUAGGGGAGUUUGGUUAAUCGCCCCCACCCCACCCUCACCCACACAAACACCCACACACAGUGACACACACUUUCCCCUUUCAGCAUCACCCUGACUGUACCUGCAGGGGGGCGGAGCUUCUCCACCUGGAAUGUAACCAUCUGUUGUUAUUGUUGUUAUCACCUUUUGUUUCUCUCUCUUGGUAAAGAUAUCUGGGGUAUACAUUUCUAUAUUAAGAGAUUAUUUUAUUAUUUCUCUGUUUGGACUUGAUUUGUUGUUGAUUUAUUUGUUUGUUUUUAUUUUGUUUUGGUUUUUGAUCAGUCUGGUUUGUAUGUUCAGAUGUUUUCAGCGUCUUACGGGAGCCUGUUAGUGCCAGAAACAGAGCGGGGAUCAAAAGUUAUUAUAAACUUUACUUUAAUAUUAACCAGGCUGGCUGCCUCCACCAAUCAGGGCAGAUACACCAAUAAGUAUCAGCACCCAGCUUAUCAUAUACUCCACCAGUCAAAAGUUUGUAAACCCCUUCUCAUUCAAGGGUUUGUAUUUAUUGUAAUGAUUGUAAACACUGUAGAUUAAUACUGAAGACAUCUAAACUAUGAAAGAACAUAUAUGGAAUUAUUGAAUGAACAAAAAAGUGUUAAACAAAGCAGAAUAUGUUUUAUAUUUUAGAUUCUGUAAAGUAGCCCCCUUUUUCCUUCAUGACAGCUUUGCACACUCUUGGUAUUCUCUCAGUCUGCUUCCUGAAGUGGUCUCCUGGAAUGGUUUCUAAUGAACAUGAGCCUUGUCAAGAGUUCAUUUGUAGAAUGACUUGCCUUCUUAAUGUGUUUGAGACCAUCAGUUGUGUUGUUCAGAGGUAGGGUUAGUACACAAUGGAUAGUCCUAUUUGACUACUGUUGUGAUCCAGAUUAUGGCAAAACCAGAUUAUUUCAUAGUUUUGAUGUCUUCAGUAUUAAUCUACAAUGUUGAAAAUAAUUAAGAUAAAUAAAAACCAAUGAAUGAGAAGGUGUGUCCAAACUUUAGACUGGUAGUGUAUAAACCUCUGAAAUGUCAAAAACUAAACCCAAAGUGUCUGUUUGUUUCAUCCAGCAUCAGAAAAACAGACGUCAGAUUUUACUCAUCACACGACAAGAGUUCAGCCUGUUCAGAUCAAAAACAUCACCGUAUUUUACUUUAAACAAAGUCCAAACUAAGGCACUUAUUCCACUCGUUUGCAUACAUGCCAGGGGAUAAGAGCAAGAAAAUUGUGAGGCUUCUGAAUUCAAUGCAUUCAUUCUGACAUUUACUGAUAUUCGUCAUGAAAAAACUAAAUCUGAACACUUCGGGUCCAUGCAGCUGAAGCAAGCCAGAUGUCCGCCAACUUAUGACACACCAGAUACAGUCACACUCCCUGAAACAGAACAUCAGUAAUUGGUGUCCACUUGAGAUAUUCUGGUACCAGUACUGACUAAAAGGUCAUUAAAUUGGCUUGUGUCAACCACACAGUGGAUGAGAAGGUACUGAAGUGAAACCACACUUAGCUCUUGGAGAAGGCAGUGAAAUUAUCCAGAGGAUGUUAUGAGUGAACACUACAGUGUUUGGUGUUUAAACAAAGCAAAAACGACACAAAAGAGUCAUCUUGCUAUUUGUUAUAAAUAAUGACUGUAUAUAAAGAUGAACGGGACAUCUCUACGUCCUCCAGCUGUACAAAAGUGAUGCCAAAAUAACCCUUGCAAUUUGAACUGACAUCUUGUGCCCACAGAACCUGAAGAAUUGACUUAUACAGCUGUAGUUUUGUCAUGCCGUUAAACCCCAUCUAACAUUUCGUCAAUGUUUAAAUCAGUGAUGAGUUCAGACUUUAUUUUUUCUUGUAGUGAUAAAAACAGAGCUCAGAUGAAGGUUUCUGACUUAAUCAAGCUCCACUUUAAAACAUACCAACAAAUCUUGUUAGUCACUCAUGUUAGUAAAGGUGUAGUGGAGCGGUGAGACUCUUGAGCUGUGCCGUUGUCACAGUCCUCUGUGUCUCAUGGGACUGAUGUAGCGCUCUGAAUGUUUCUGGCACUACGAGCCUCCGUACAUUUAUUCUAACUCAGUUUUUGUAUUCUCUGAGGUCUGUGUUUCCGAUCGAAUGUUGGCUUGUCGCCCGCUCAGAGCUCUCUGAUUGUGACUCUCACCGAAGACCAAUGAUCGCUGAUCGACCCACCGAAUGAUCGCUUAUUUGAUUGAUUAACUUGCUGCAGGUUUUUUGGAGUCUGACAGAGUCUAACUUUAUGAAAGUCAUUAGAAUAUAAACCUCAACACUAAACUCUUUGUUUCUGUCA